GAAGAAGGAAGCUUGUGUGAGGCCUGCCUGGCUUUAUAGAACAAUUCUGAGAGCAUGCCUCGUGCGUAUGAAGCAACCCAGCGACUAUCCAAGGAUGGGAAAAGCCUCUAUGCAGUGCUGGAACUAAGGAAGGGUGCUCAGCCUGAAGAGAUCAAAAAAGCCUACAGGAAACUGGCCUUGCAGUAUCAUCCAGACAAGAAUCCAGGGAACUCUCAAGCGGCAGAAUUCUUCAAAGACAUCAACGCAGCCCAUGCCGUACUCACUGACCCUACAAAAAAGAAGAUCUAUGACCGGCACGGCUCGCUAGGGUUAUACCUGUACGACCAUUUUGGUGAAGAAGGUGUCCGAACCUAUUUUAUAGUGAACAGUUGUUGGUUCAAGACACUUGUUAUUCUUUGUUGCCUGCUGACCGGUUGCUGCUGCUGCUGCUGCUGCUGUUUAUGCUGUGGUAGACUUAAUCCAUCAGCUGAGGAAGAAAGUGAGAAUCACCAAGUGAAUGUCUCUUCUCAGCCUUCAAGAUCAACAGGCGAUAAUUCCACCACAGGAACACAAGAUAACAUUGAAGAAGAGGAUUAAGACGUGAUGAUAAUUAAGGAGACGUGAAGAGGAGUGGGGUACUAGCUCACCGAGAGUCUCUUGACACUCAGCCCAUUGGAUACAUCGAAGAGAGAAGCAGGUAGCCCUGUCCCGACACUGACCCAGAUUUGACUCCUGUUCUUAAAAAACAACCCCUGCUUCAGAAGCUAUGAUGACAUCCUCGUAAGGACAACUCUGCCCUCCACAGUGCCACAGAACCUGUCCCCACAGAACCUUCUGGCUGCUCUUCUUUUUAGCUUCACUCCCGUCUUUAUCCACAUGAGCCCUCAAGCUGUGUUGGCAACUGUUGGCUGAGUGGGUGCAGCUCUCUCCAGUGGGUGCCUGGGUCAGUGUUGGGUGGGCCCCUGAGCACUUACCAGUAACUCCACCAAGAUCCUGAUCACCAAACAAGGUGGCUCCCAUCCCAAGAGCUGUUGGACCAAUUGAUUCUCCUUUGUUGGAACACUGCAUACCUUUUAGCGCCGGCCUCAUUUCUUUGCAACACCUUUGGAAGGCUGGUCUCACCAUCUUCUGGCACCUACACCUCUGGCAUUGACAUCCCACUCGUAAGACAGCUUGGGAAAUUUGUGUUUGUGGCUUCCCCUUGGACUUUGGCCGUGGUCCUGUGGACGGGCUGCAGCCCAUGCUCCAGCCCUGCUGCCUCUGUCCUUCACGAUACUUCACGCAGGGCGAUCCUCUUAUCUCUUGUUCUUAGCACAGGGACAUGAAAUGUGACGGGGACAGACCGCGCAGGAUAUGUCAUUUAGCCCCUCUGUGCUUGGCAUCCUCUCUGUAUCCCUCCUUAUCUUUUCUUUCUUACCCAUGUGGGGUCACAGCCUAGGAACGAACCGUCAAACCUCUCUGUACUCACUGGGAGAAAGGCUAAAGAAUAUCAAUAAUAAAAAAAAAGCUUUGUCCAA